GGGAGUCAGCUGAGCUGCUUGGGCGAGGUUGGGGAAUCUACUGGGUUCAGCCAAGGGAGCCUGUGAUCUCGGAGGAGGGCAGGAGUGGGUGCAAAACUGCGCCAGAUUCUAGUGAGAGGGCUCCCAGGUCUUCUCGGCCUAUACAGCGAGAGAGAAAAGGGCUUCAGAAUUUUUUUAAGUUCUCAGGAUAUGUCAGACGCUGGCGAGUUAUCAUAGCUUGCAAAUCCCGGACCACUGGGGUCCCGACGGUUGUGAUCCCCAAUCCCAGGCGAAAGGCCUAGAGGCUGGGCACCAUGGCGUCCAUCCUGGAUGAGUAUGAGGACUCAUUGUCCCGCUCGACCAUCUUGCAGCCCGGUUGCCCUAGCGUGGGCAUUCCCCACUCUGGGUAUGUAAAUGCCCAGCUGGAGAAGGAAGUGCCAAUCUUUACAAAGCAGCGCAUUGACUUUACUCCUUCAGAACGCAUCACCAGCCUUGUUGUCUCCUGUAAUCAGCUCUGCAUGAGUCUGGGCAAGGAUACAUUGCUCCGUAUUGACUUGGGCAAGGCAAGUGAACCCAACCAUGUGGAGUUGGGGCGCAAGGAUGAUGCCAAAGUUCACAAGAUGUUCCUGGACCAUACCGGCUCUCAUCUGCUGAUUGCUCUGAGUAGCACCGAGGUUCUCUAUGUGAACCGCAAUGGACAGAAGGUACGGCCACUAGCACGCUGGAAGGGGCAGCUGGUGGAGAGUGUGGGUUGGAACAAAGCCCUGGGCACUGAGAGCAGCACUGGCCCCAUUCUGGUUGGCACAGCUCAAGGACAGAUCUUUGAAGCAGAGCUCUCAGCCAGUGAAGGUGGGCUUUUUGGCCCUGCCCCAGAUCUCUACUUCCGUCCAUUGUACAUGUUAAAUGAAGAAGGGGGUCCCGCACCUGUGUGCUCCCUGGAGGCUGAGCGAGGUCCUGAUGGGCGUGGCUUUGUCAUUGUCACCACUCGGCAGCGCCUCUUCCAGUUUAUAGGCCGAGCUGCAGAAGGGGCUGAAGCCCAGGGCUUCUCAGGGCUCUUUGCUGCCUACACAGACCACCCACCCCCAUUCCGUGAGUUUCCUAGCAACUUGGGAUACAGCGAGUUGGCUUUCUAUACCCCCAAGUUGCGCUCUGCACCUCGUGCCUUUGCCUGGAUGAUGGGAGAUGGUGUGUUAUAUGGCUCAUUGGACUGCGGGCGUCCUGACUCCCUGUUGAGUGAAGAGAGAGUCUGGGAGUAUCCGGAGGGGGUUGGUCCUGGGGCCAGUCCACCCCUAGCCAUUGUCUUGACGCAGUUCCACUUCCUGCUGCUGCUGGCAGACCGGGUGGAAGCUGUGUGCACACUGACAGGGCAGGUGGUGCUGCGUGAUCACUUCCUGGAGAAGUUUGGACCACUGAAACACAUGGUGAAGGACUCCUCCACAGGCCAGCUGUGGGCCUACACUGAUCGCGCAGUCUUCCGCUACCAUGUGCAGCGUGAGGCUCGAGAUGUCUGGCGCACCUACCUGGACAUGAACCGCUUUGACCUGGCCAAAGAAUAUUGUCGAGAGCGGCCUGACUGCCUGGACACGGUUCUGGCCCGGGAGGCUGAUUUCUGCUUUCGCCAGCGUCGCUACCUGGAGAGUGCCCGCUGCUAUGCUCUGACCCAGAGCUACUUUGAGGAGAUUGCCCUCAAGUUUUUGGAGGCCCGACAAGAGGAGGCCCUAGCCGAGUUUCUGCAGCGAAAACUGGCCAGUUUAAAGCCAACUGAGCGUACCCAGGCCACCCUGCUGACCACCUGGCUGACGGAGCUCUACCUGAGCCGACUUGGUGCUCUGCAGGGUGACCCAGAUGCUCUGAACCUCUACCGAGAUGCUCGGGAGUGCUUCCGAAACUUCCUCAGCAGCCCUCGGCACAAGGAAUGGCUCUUUGCCAGCCGGUCCUCUAUCCAUGAGCUGCUCGCCAGUCAUGGGGACUCAGAACACAUGGUGUACUUUGCAGUGAUCAUGCAGGACUAUGAACGGGUGGUGGCGUACCACUGCCAGCAUGAGGCCUAUGAGGAGGCUCUGGCUGUGCUUGCCCGCCACCGUGACCCCCAGCUCUUCUACAAGUUCUCACCCAUCCUCAUCCGACAUAUUCCUGGUCAGCUGGUAGAUGCCUGGAUUGAGAUGGGCAGCCGACUGGAUGCUCGGCAGCUCAUCCCUGCCCUGGUAAACUAUAGCCAGGGUGGUGAGGCCCAGCAGGUGAGUCAGGCCAUCCGCUACAUGGAGUUCUGCGUGAAUGUGCUCGGUGAGACUGAACAAGCCAUUCAUAACUACCUGCUGUCACUAUAUGCCCGUGGACAGCCAGCCUCACUGCUGGCCUACUUGGAGCAAGCUGGGGCCAGCCCGCACCGGGUGCAUUAUGACCUUAAAUAUGCACUGCGACUCUGUGCUGAGCAUGGCCACCACCGUGCCUGUGUCCAUGUCUACAAGGUGUUGGAGCUGUAUGAAGAGGCUGUGGACCUGGCCCUGCAGGUGGAUGUGGACCUGGCCAAGCAGUGUGCAGACUUGCCUGAGGAAGAUGAGGAACUUCGCAAGAAACUGUGGCUCAAGAUUGCUAGGCAUGUGGUGCAGGAGGAGGAAGAUGUGCAGACAGCCAUGGCCUGCUUGGCCAGCUGUCCCCUGCUCAAGAUUGAGGAUGUGCUGCCUUUCUUUCCUGAUUUUGUCACCAUUGACCAUUUCAAGGAGGCCAUCUGCAGCUCACUUAAGGCCUACAAUAACCACAUCCAGGAGCUACAGCGGGAGAUGGAAGAAGCCACAGCCAGUGCCCAGCGUAUCCGGCGAGACCUGCAGGAGCUGCGGGGCCGCUAUGGCACUGUAGAGCCUCAGGACAAAUGUGCCACCUGUGACUUCCCUCUGCUCAACCGACCUUUUUACCUCUUCCUCUGUGGCCACAUGUUCCAUGCUGACUGCCUCCUGCAGGCUGUGAGGCCUGGCCUUCCUGCCUACAAGCAGGCCCGGCUUGAGGAGCUGCAGCGGAAGCUGGGGGCAGCACCACCCCCAACCAAGGGCUCUGCAAAGGCCAAGGAGCUGGAGGGUGGUGCUGCCACUGGGGGGCCCAGCCGGGAACAGCUCAAGGCUGACCUAGAUGAACUAGUAGCUGCUGAGUGUGUAUACUGUGGGGAGCUGAUGAUCCGCUCUAUUGACCGGCCCUUCAUUGACCCCCAGCGCUAUGAGGAGGAGCACCUCAGCUGGCAGUAGGAGGAGGUCCCCUGAUAGAUGGACAGGCAGGGAACAGCUGCCUGAUCCUCUCGGGAAGGCCACACUCUGCUUCGUGCUCAGUCCUUGAUUUGCUGGGCCUGUGACUGGGGGAGUGGAAUUGGAGGGACUGCUGCCCUGAGGUGUCAGGUCUGAGCCCCUUCUGCCAGCUGCCCACUGUGCUUCAGAGCUGCCUUAGAGCUGCUCCUACCCUGGACCAGGCCAUGAGCCUGAUGCCUGGCCCCCUGUACCUAACGUCCUUUGUCCUUGUCUCCCAACACGUUCACCUGGACUGUGUACCCUUCCUUCACCCUGGCCUCUGAACCUCCAGCUCUUCGGAAGAAGCUCCCUCUUCUGUCUGACCUAGGUGUCGGAGAAGUGGAUUGGCAGCCCUCCAAGCCCUAGGCACUGGUGGGAAGUGUGGUGCUAAUAGUGAGCAUGCUUUUUUCCCCAUUCUGGGGAUCCAGUGUCAGGGGUGCCUGACACUGAGGCCAAAUAGAGGACAGUGGGAGUUGCUGGCAAGUGGAGAGCAUUAAACUGUCUGCACUGCACUGGUGGCUCUGGACUUGAUGGCUUUGUGUUGAUGCCAGGGUAAACAGGAUAUGAUCCCAAGCAGGGCUGGACUGCCACAGGAGGACUCCAGGUCUAUGCAGGUCUGCUCACUUGUCUCCCUUCCUUGUGUCCCCCAUUGCUCAGGGAUUGUAGCCUUGCAUCCUAAAUCUUCGUGUGGGGCUGUUUUUCUCUUUGGCUGGCAGGUGGCGCUGCUGCUCACAGAAUUCAUCUAACUCUGGCUCCUUAGGGCACUGAUUUCUCAUGUCGGUCUUAUUAAUGCUUCCUCAGCUAUUCGCUUCCUAGUUGUCCCAAGAAUUUUCUAGAUAUCUCCACUGCCUGAACACGAUUCCAAGCCCUCCAUUCUUUUUUCCCCAGGGUUUUUUAUUAGCAUAUGUUACAUAUAAUGGGUUCCAUACAGAAUGAAUUUUGGGCAUGUUCACCCCCUCCUCCAUUACCUUUUCUUGUCCCCUCCCACUCUUGCUAAUCUUCCUUUACUCUCCAACCCCCUUUGUGCUUUAAUGUCUGUGUGUGUGUGUAGACCUGUGACUGACCCAGUGAGUUUCAUUAGAGUUGCUUACAGGAACAUUGGCACCUUACCAGUGUCU